GCUGUUCCUCGUUACGCCAUCAUCCACUCCCUGACCUCCGUGUAUUGUAUUUUCCACUCGACAUAGACAUGGCCGACGCUGCUUCAGGUUCGACCGAAAGGUCUGUCCAGGUCAAGCUGGUGCUGCUAGGUGAGGCAGCUGUCGGGAAGUCCUCAAUCGUGCUGCGAUUCGUCUCGAACGAGUUCCAGCCCAACAAGGAACCCACCAUUGGAGCUGCCUUCUUGACGCAGAAGUGCCGUCUCGAGGACCGCGUUCUGCGAUAUGAAAUCUGGGAUACGGCCGGCCAGGAGCGAUUCCACUCCCUCGCGCCCAUGUACUACCGCAACGCUCAAGCAGCAGUGGUGGUCUACGACGUAACGAAGGCGUCCAGUCUCGAGAAGGCGAAGACGUGGGUAAAGGAGCUCCAGCGGCAAGCGAACCCCAACAUCGUCAUCGCCCUCGCUGGGAACAAGAUUGAUCUCGUUACCCCCUCUGCCUCAUCCUCCUCAUCUACCACGGCGGAGUCCGAAGACGAGGCUGACGAUGCGACGGCCACCCCCGGCGAGACCGCUACUUCCGGCGAGCCUGAGAGCCUCAGGCAGGUGCCCAGGGACGAGGCCGAGGCGUACGCACAGGAGGCUGGCCUGCUCUUCUUCGAGACGUCGGCGAAGACUGGCGACGGUGUUGUAGAGAUUUUCACCGAAAUUGCCAAGAAGAUCCCCAUUGACCAGAUCCUGGCCUCAACCCGCGGCGGCGCCGGCCGCCCCGGUGCGGCAUCUGGUCGUGCGGCUCAGGAGGGCGGGGUCAACCUCGAGGAGAACAGCGCGAAGGGCAAGGAUGCGUGCAAUUGCUGAACAUGCUGCGUCCUUCCAUACACGAUUCCCUCACCCGUCACGAGCUUAAUGUCUUCUUAUCGUACUUACCUCUUUCCCCUUCGCGCUUUGUUUCAUCUAUAUGCCCCUUUCUCGUACAUGUAUUUGCUGUCGUAUUGGAGUGGUAUUGGACUGACAUAUCAUAUAUUGAUGUUGUCUAC